UGCAGCGAGGAAGACGACUUCGAGGAUUCGCAGUGAUCGUCGCAGCGCAGAAGAGGUCGCUUCGCAAAUCGCAGAGCAUACACAUUCCCCAUUCAACGAAGAAGAAGAAGAAGAAGAAGCCAUCGCCAUCGACGCCAGAUCCGGCGACCUCUCGAUUUCGCUUCUAGAUCGCUCGUUUCCUUGCUCCAGAUUCGUCUCCAGUUCCCAUUGCUGGAUCGAAACCCCCGUUUCGGCUCCGUCUCCGAUCCCGAAAUGCUGCGGCUGAGGGCGUUUCGGCCGAGCGGCGACAAGAUAGUGAAGAUUCAGCUGCACCCCACGCAUCCCUGGCUGGUCACCGCGGACGCGUCGGACUUCGUCUCCGUUUGGAAUUGGGAGCACCGUCAGGUGAUUUACGAGCUGAAGGCCGGCGGGGUCGACGAGAGGCGCCUGGUUGGUGCGAAGUUGGAGAAGCUCGCCGAAGGAGAAUCGGAUUCUAAGGGUAAACCAACUGAGGCCAUUCGGGGAGGAAGUGUUAAGCAGGUGAACUUUUACGAUGAUGAUGUACGCUAUUGGCAGCUGUGGCGUAAUCGAUCUGCUGCUGCAGAGGCUCCGUCAGCUGUUAGCAAUGUCACUGCGGCAUUUACUUCUCCAGCGCCAUCAACGAAAGGGCGCCAUUUUCUUGUCAUUUGUUGUGAAAACAAAGCUAUUUUUCUGGACUUGGUGACAAUGCGAGGCAGAGAUGUACCCAAGCAAGAACUUGACAACAGAUCACUACUCUGUAUGGAGUUCCUGGCCAGAUCUGCAGCUGGAGAUGGUCCACUUGUUGCUUUUGGUGGAUCUGAUGGUGUCAUUAGAGUACUUUCAAUGAUAACAUGGAAGCUUGUAAGGAGAUACACAGGUGGGCAUAAAGGAUCGAUUUCUUGUCUAAUGACCUUCAUGGCUUCUUCUGGUGAGGCACUUCUGGUGUCCGGUGCCAGUGAUGGUUUGCUUGUUCUCUGGAGUGCAGACCAUGGUCAAGAUUCUCGAGAACUAGUACCCAAGCUGAGCUUGAAAGCACAUGAUGGUGGGGUUGUGGCUGUUGAACUUUCUAGAGUGAGUGGAGCACCUCCGCAGCUUAUAACAAUUGGUGCAGACAAAACACUAGCUAUAUGGGACACAAUGUCUUUCAAGGAGUUGCGAAGAAUUAAACCCGUGUCUAAACUUGCUUGCCACAGUGUUGCAUCUUGGUGCCAUCCUCGGGCUCCAAACCUUGAUAUAUUGACUUGUGUAAAAGAUUCCCACAUAUGGGCCAUUGAGCACCCCACAUAUUCAGCUCUAACAAGGCCCUUGUGUGAGCUUUCCUCACUUGUUCCACCACAAAUACUUGCGCCGAACAAGAAACUUAGAGUAUAUUGCAUGGUUGCACAUCCAUUACAACCUCACCUUGUUGCUACCGGAACCAAUGUUGGUGUGAUUAUGUGUGAGUUUGAUGCCAGGGCCCUUCCACCUAUAGCUCCACUUCCAACUCCUUCGGAAAGCAGGGAGCAUUCAGCAGUCUACGUAGUUGAGAGGGAGCUGAAGCUACUAAACUUCCAGUUAUCACCCACUGGAAAUCCAUCGCUUGGGAACAAUGCCUCGUUAUCUGAAGCGGGAAGGUUGAAGGGAGAGUCAUCAGAGUUGUUACAUGUCAAGCAGAUUAAGAAGCACAUUAGUACUGCAGUUCCAAAUGAUUCGUAUUCAAUUCUUUCUGUCAGCAGUUCUGGGAAGUAUCUUUCUAUUGUGUGGCCAGAUAUUCCUUAUUUUUCUAUUUAUAAAGUUGGUGACUGGUCUAUCGUCGACUCCGGUACAGCAAGACUUCUGGCAUGGGAUACUUGUCGUGAUAGAUUUGCAAUAUUAGAAUCUGCACCUGCCCCAAGAAUUCCCGUAGUUUCCAAAGGUGGUUCCUCAAGGAAAGCAAAAGAGGCAGCUGCAGCAGCAGCACAAGCUGCAGCAGCCGCUGCAUCUGCUGCUUCUGCGGCCGGUGUUCAAGUUCGUAUCCUGCUGGAUGAUGGAACAUCAAAUAUAUUAAUGAAAUCCAUAGGCAGUCGCAGUGAACCGGCUAUUGGCUUGCAUGGUGGAGCACUUCUUGGUGUAGCUUAUCGGAUGUCGCGAAGGAUCAGCCCUGUUGCUGCAACUGCUAUAUCAACAAUUCAGUCUAUGCCCUUAUCAGGAUAUGGCAAUAGUGGCCUUUCUUCCUUCACUGCUUUGGAUGAUAAUUUAUCUCAUAAAUCUUCUGCUGAGGCAGCACUGCCAAAUUUUCAGCUCUAUAGCUGGGAGAGUUUUGAACCUGUUGGUGGUCUUCUUCCUCAGCCAGAAUGGACUGCAUGGGACCAAACUGUUGAGUACUGCGCGUUUGCAUAUCAUCAUUAUAUAGUAAUAUCUUCUUUGCGACCGCAGUAUAGAUAUUUAGGAGAUGUUGCAAUUCCCUAUGCUACUGGUGCUGUUUGGCAUCGAAGACAGCUGUUUGUGGUUACACCUACUACCAUCGAAUGUGUCUUUGUCGAUGCUGGAGUGGCACCAAUAGAUAUAGAAACAAGAAAGAUGAAAGAAGAAAUGAAACUGAGAGAGGUGCAAGCACGGGCAGUUGCAGAGCAUGGAGAGUUAGCUCUAAUUACAGUCGAAGGUCCGCAAGCGUCCUCACAAGAGAGAAUCAAACUAAGGCCGCCAAUGCUGCAGGUUGUUCGUCUAGCAUCUUUCCAGCAUGCUCCUUCUGUUCCUCCAUUUGUGAGUUUGCCGAAGCAAUCCAAAGUUGAUGGUGAUGACAUAGCAGUGCUGAAGGAGUUUGAAGAAAGAAAAGUUAAUGAGGUUGCUGUUGGGGGUGGUGGUGUCUCAGUAGCAGUUACUCGUUUUCCAGUGGAGCAAAAACGACCUAUUGGACCUUUAUUAGUGGUUGGUGUUAGGGAUGGUGUUCUUUGGCUAAUUGAUAGGUAUAUGUGUGCACAUGCCUUAUCUUUGAGUCACCCAGGUAUUCGUUGCCGGUGUCUUGCUGCUUAUGGGGAUGCAGUUAGUGCAGUGAAAUGGGCAAGUAGGCUUGCUAGAGAACAUCAUGAUGAUUUGGCCCAGUUUAUGCUUGGAAUGGGCUAUGCUACAGAAGCUCUUCAUUUGCCUGGAAUAUCUAAGAGGUUGGAGUUUGAUUUGGCUAUGCAAAGCAGUGAUUUGAAAAGAGCUCUCCAGUGCCUUCUUACAAUGAGCAACAGUAGGGAGCUGGGCCAAGAUAGUGUAGGGUUUGAUUUGAAAGAUAUCCUCACCGUAACAACUAAAAAAGAAAAUCUUGUAGAGGCUGUGCAAGGAGUUGUUAAAUUUGCUAAGGAAUUUUUGGAUCUUAUCGAUGCUGCGGAUGCUACUGGGCAAGCUGACAUUGCUCGGGAAGCUCUUAAAAGGUUAGCCGCUGCCGGUUCAGUAAAAGGAGCUUUACAGGGUCAUGAACUGAGGGGACUGGCUUUGCGACUUGCUAAUCAUGGAGAACUGACGCGGCUUAAUGGUCUGGUUAACAAUUUGAUCUCGGUUGGCUCGGGACGUGAAGCAGCUUUUUCAGCAGCUGUUUUGGGCGACAAUGCUCUCAUGGAGAGGGCGUGGCAGGAAACUGGGAUGCUUGCUGAGGCUGUACUUCAUGCUCAUGCUCAUGGAAGACCCACUCUAAAGAACUUGGUCGAGGCGUGGAACAAAAUGUUACAGAAGGAAGUUGAGCAUGCGCCUUCCACUAAAACAGAUGCUGCAGCUGCGUUUCUUGCUUCUUUGGAGGAACCGAAGCUUACCAGUUUGGCAGAAGCUGGCAAGAAACCGCCAAUUGAAAUCUUACCCCCAGGAAUGCCUUCUCUUUCGGCUACAAUGGCAAUGAAGAAGAAACCCCCUCCUGCUGCGCAAAUUCCACAGCCGGAUCCUGCCAAGCCAAUGCUAUUAGAAGCACCUCCUACAGCGACACCCCCAAGACCAGAGAGCGCUCCACCGCAAGUAGAAGCAAGCGAACCUGCCACGGAUACUGGAGCUCCUCCUCUAUCUUCAUCAGCCAGCGACCCGGGCCCACUUGCUCAAGGAGAAGGUGAGCAUGCUCCAACAACUUCUGAUGCUGAUGCAGCAGAACAAAAGGUGGCCGAGCCAUCGGAUCCUGUGUCAGAUACUCAGAAGGUGGAGGAACAAGAACCGCCGGCAGUGUUGGAGGAAAAGAAGGAAGUGGCCCCCAAGACACCAGAUACUCAGGAACCAGUUGCGUCUGGGGUUUCGACGUCUACACCGUUACCGGACUUUUUUAUAUAAGCAGCAAUCUGCAAUAGAUUCCUAAAGCUAGCAGUAUAGUUCUUUUUCCUGGAGAGCUCGAAUUACCAUUGGUCGUGAUGAAACAGCCGCUGCUGUGUCCAUUGCCACUGGAUCAGGAAGCUGAAGUAACUUUUGAUGAGUCGUUAGCAUGUCGAGAGGCUCAGAUUGCUGGAUGCGUGCGGAUUUAGAUGGUUUACUAAGUUGAUCUUCGCUUAGAUUGUGCAGGUUUUUGGUUCUGUCGGAGGGAACACGGUUAUUCACCCUAUACGAGAGCAGAGUUCAAUACACCGCAUGUAGCUGCCGGCUCUUGUAUAUCUGUCAGAGGACCGACCAUUUUGUAUGAUAUGUAUAUUGCUUUUUUUGUAUGAUAUGUAUUCACUGGACGGUCCUCCCGUGAUUUCGCAUUCAUUUUUUUAUCAGAUCGCUGUUCUUGU